AUGUUCGACACCGGGGAUGGUAUGCUGGAGGAGCGACUUCUGGACUUCCUAACAGCUGAGCCCACUGCUGAUUGGGAACCUUCGCAGCUGCUGGUGCUCCGCUUGUGCAGCCAAGCCUGGCGAGACAAGGUGACUUAUGCACUUUUCGCUGGCUGCUCCCAGCGCUUAGCAAACGAAGAUGCGCAAGUCAGGGCUGCCGCUGUCAGCGCACUCGCAGCUGCCAGCAAUCCACGCCGAACAGACGAGGACGAAUCAGGCGAGAACGAAGCAAGCGCUGUUGCAGUCGCUGCCGCCGUAAAGAGCCUGAAGGAUGCCUCCGUGGACGUCCGACGGGUGGCUUUGCGAACACUGGCACAUGUCGCACCUUGUGGGGACGCGGCGUGCAUGGAGCAGGCAUCUGCUUUGCUUACAGACCCGGCGUGGCCGGUCCGUUGGGCUUCCGUGGAUGCAGUGGCGUGGCUGGCACAGGGUGGCAGCCAAGCGACGGUGCAAAGAGCGCUGGAGCUCCUGUCGUGGCGUUUGCGAGAUGCCGAUUGGCCGGUGCGACGCGCUGCUGCGAGCGGUCUUCACCACUUGCUCCAGUUCGUCAAUGCCCUGUCUGAAGAGCUUGAAGAUCAGCAUGGCCUGGAAAUGGAUGCGUUGCAACUUCCAAGGCCCAAAGACCUGCAGAAUUCCGUGGAGCACAUGAUCUUGCAGCCUUGCCUGAGACUACUGCAGGAUCCAAUGGUUCAAGUCCGGCAGGCUGCUUUGGAUCUUCUGCCCUGGCUUUGCCAGAGCGCUCUUGAAGACGUUAUCCGGGCGCUGCAUUGUCUCCUUCAAAACGAGCAAGUUGCUGAACUUCGGCGUGCAGCGGAGAAGGUGUUGGACCAGCUGACAGUUACUCGUACACUGCAGAGUAGCUGCCUCGGAGAAGCACAUUGA